AUGGCAGUGGGGUACCACGAUCCACACAGGUACAAGGAAGAGCCAGCGAGCAAGGUGGGGGAGAGAGAACAAGACAAGACGGACGUGAACAAAAGUGGACCCGGAAAGGAGUGGGGAGGGGGGGUGAAAGGUGGAGGCACAAAAUGCAUGAUGAACUGGAUGGAUGGACAGAUGGAAACACCACCCCCCCAUCUCACUCACUUCACCCACCCAAUGAAUCCGCGAUGAACAACAAUUGUUUCCCUACAAAAAUUAUUCAGUACUCGAGUACCGCUACCCACGUGAGAAGGGUUCUCUCCCACUCGGUCAACAGGACCGGCCAAGCCAAACACUUUCCCCACAGCGAUGAUAAGGUUAGCAGGUGUAGGAAUAUCAUGCUCGAGCAUCAUACAACAGCUCCAACAACCGCGAUCCCAGAGCCUCCUUCCACCCCACCACACACCCUCAUCUACCGGUACUCGAGUACAGCAAUCUGGGCACUCACCAUGCACGACGUGUCCAUACCAUAACAUGCCAUACUAUCAUACAGCGUUAUGAUAAACAACCUUCCACCGGCGACCCACCUAGAAUACCGGUACUAAUCUGCACCUCGGCCAAUUCAAAAAACACCAUUGUUAUUGUUAUUGUUAUUACCAUUAUUAUUACUGUUACCGUCUAUUUUUUCAUAGUUGUGUUUUUUUUGUAACGGGUUUUUGUUAUAUAUAUACUCGAUUCCCUGGUGCAUGCCUGCCGUAUUUGUAUCUCCGGGAGAGAGUGGGGGGCGCCCAAUAUGGAAAUUAUGAUAGGAUUGACUAGUUAUUCUAUAAUCGAGUACCGUAUUAUGUUUGAUAAUAAUUAUUAUUGUGGUAUCAUACUUGGUUGUAAA